GAUACGUAUCGAUAUCCGUUUUUAGCUUGUAAGAUACGACUACAUCGAUGCGUGAAGUCCCGCAUCGGUUUUAAAAUGACACGAAUCGGUUGGUGCCCCGAUUUAAAAGCUAUGAACCGAUUCACAAGUGUUUUUCUCUACGUUAAGUUGCUAUCCGAAACCCUCACUCACUGACUUGGUGCAUUUGAGCUCAGUCACAACAAUGACAGCCUGUCAUUGGCCAAAGCCCGCAUACUAUAAGCCUAUCAGGCGUGCCGCUAUCCCUUUGAAUAACGCAACGUAUGUUGACAUUAAGUCUGUAGUGAAAUGAUGUCUGACCACAGCGAACCCAUUUUCAAUGCGCCAUCGACCCUCCGAUCAAAAGUUUGGAAGACAUUUGGCUUCUUCAAAAAAGAAGGUAAACUUGAUAAAAGUGAAGCCGUAUGUAAAAUAUGUAGGGCAGCAAUUAAGUACACUGGCAGUACUACAAAUCUCAGCACACACAUCUCGAGACGCCAUGCCAGUGAUGUUGAACUUGAUGCCAGCACUGCAUCGACCAGCAGCAGCACCAGCAGCACUAUAACUCAGUUUCUCACUCAAUCACAACUGAGUUACAAUUCAGCGAGGGCUAAGUCAAUAACGAUGCGUGUGGCUCGUUUCAUCGCCAUGGACCUAAGGCCAUACAGCGUCGUUGAAAAUGACGGAUUUCGCGAACUGCUUAGAGAAUUAGAGCCGAGGUACAAGAUACCAAGCAGACAGCAUUUCAGCGAAACGUGCAUACCCGAGCUGUACAAAAAAACUAAAACUGACCUUAAGGCUAAGCUCUCAAGUGCAGAACGAGUGGCAAUAACUACCGAUGCCUGGACAUCACGUGCAACGGAUUCAUACAUUACGAUAACCGUGCAUUAUGUUAAUCUGGAUUGGGAGUUGGCAAGCUAUGUUUUACAGACGAGAGUCUUCAAUGAGUCACACACGGGGAAAAACAUCGGGGCUUUAUUGAAAGAGGCAUGUCUUGAGUGGAACAUAGAGGAUAAAGACCCAGCACUGGUGACCGACAACGCGAGAAACAUGGUUGUGGCGGGAGUAGAGGCCGAGAUGUCCCCUCACCUUUUUUGCUUCGCGCACACAUUAAAUCUGGCUGCCCAGAAGGCCUUGCAUGUGACCACUGCUACGAAGGUGCUUGGGAAAGUGAGGAGGGUGGUUGGAUUUUUCCACCGUAACAUAGCGGGUGCUGAACUACUGCGACAAAAACAACAGCAAAUGGCAUUGCCCUCCCACAAGCUCAUCAAUGACGUUACUACCCGGUGGAACAGUUCCCACGACAUGCUCGAACGUUUUUUGGAGCAACAAUCGGCAGUUUUUGCCACACUCAUGUCAAGGGAGCUCAGAAAAGGAGAAGAUGUAAGCGCUCUUACUGAAGGAGACCUCAGCAAUGCUGAGGACAUGGUGAAAGUGAUGGCACCUGUCAAAGUUAUCACCACAGUUAUGUGCGAAGAUGAGCAGCCCACAAUUUCGUUGAUUGCCCCCUUCAAAGCAAAACUAAAGAAUCACUUUGAGGCCACUACUGAGGACACAGGGCUCAUUAAGGAUAUGAAGAAGGUGUUCCUCGAAGAUUUUGUUAAGCGGUACACAAACAUUGAAGACCUGUUGUGUACUGCAUCAGCUUUGGAUCCACGCUUCAAAACCCUGCCUUUCCUCAGUGACCGUGAGACCGAGAGGAUCUUCUUGUCCAUUACAGAUGAAGCUACAAACCUGCAUGAUAAGAAAGUAGAGGAGAGCCAUCCCAGUCCGAGUGAUAUUCAAGAGCCAGAUCAGAGAGACCCAACAUCCGUCCAGUCCAGCCCAGUCCAGGUCCAUGAAGAACCAAGAGGUGCGUUUUUGCAUUCUGCAUUUACAUUUAACACUGCUGCUGCUACAUUUAAAGUAAUGUUUAAUGGUAUGGUAAAUGUUAUCAACUGUCAUCAUGGCAAUCCCAAAUGAGUGGCUUAAUAUACUGUAAUUGUGUUGCAUGUCAGGUGAUUGUCCUCCUUGUAAAAAGAGGAAAAGUACAGCACUGGACCAGCUGUUUGGAGAAACAUAUGUGGUAAGACCAUCAAGAAGCUCCAGGGAGAAGGUCAGCGAGGAAAUCCUGAGGUACAGAGAGAGAAACCUUUUGCCCCUGAAUGGCAAUCCACUGGAGUGGUGGAGAGCACAGGUCGACUUACCAUUGUUGUCAGAUAUUGCAAAAAGAUACCUCUGCAUACCAGCUACAAGUGUAGCAUCAGAAAGAGUUUUCAGUACCGCAGGAGAUAUUGUUUCCUCUCAACGCAGUGUACUUAGGGGUGACCAUGCCGAUCAAUUGAUUUUUCUCAAGAAGAAUCUUAAAAAACUCGAGCACAAAUGAAUUAUUAGGAGGUAGCUAAAGGAUAUCAGCAUACACUAAAUGUCCUACAAGAAUUGUAUUAGUUCUACUUAUAUAUAUUUUUUUUCUCCUUAUGCUGUGUUUGGCAGCAAUUUGUGCCAUUACAUUAAAGUAAUAAUCUAGGCCAGGAUGGCGGUUUUGGUUUAAACAAAAUUAGAUAUUUCCUAUUGCUGCUUCUUACAGUUCACAGCUUUACUUCGUGUUUGCAGUGAUAUUUCCUAUUUUCUUACAGUUCGCAGCUCUAUUUGUGUUCUCAGUGAAAGGUUGCACAUGUAUUAAUUGGUAUAAUGAUACCUUAUCUUGAGUCUGUAUGAUUUGCAGAGGCACUUAAUUUGCAGAAGCAUUUAUUCUAAAUAUGAGAAAAGGCCAAGGUCUAGCUCUGUUUUAUUUUAUUUUUGUAUUGUCAUCCAUCAACAAGGGACUUCUUUGGGUAUAGAAAAUAUAUUUUAUUUUACUAUUUUAUUUAAUAUUUAAAUAUAAUUUUUUUGUAUUUCCUUAUGGUGUAUUUAUUUGGCUGCAAUGUGUGCCAUUACUGAAAUGUAUUUUUUUUUUGUAUAUGUGAGACAAACUACAUACAGACUAAUUUCACAAUAAAAUGUUUGUUCAUAUUCAUUGAACAAAUGAAAAGAACUCUUUCAGAAUAUUUUCAAUUAUUGAACUGCAUCGAAUCGCAUCGCAUCGCAUCGAAUCGCACUGAAUCGUUUUUUAACAACAUGCAUCUUUUCUUAUAUCGUAUCGUGACCAUGUAUCGAGAUACGAAUCGGAUCGUUUUUUUCAUGAGAGA